GCAGCUUGACGGCGAUCUCUUGUACGUGCACGCUAAUGCUCUGGGCGGCGCGGCCACCACGGACGAGGAGCGCAUGGCGGCCAUGAGCGACAUCAGCGUCAUGGACGGCACACUGGGGAAGCUCGCGCUUGCCGUCAUUGAGCGCUCCAGCACGACGAAGGAGAGCUGGCUGAUCAUGCUGGUUGGUGCGGGGGGCGGUGGUCUGGAAAGGGUCCCGCUAGUGAUGGCGGCGUACGCGAGAGGCGGCCUCGUGCGUUUCGGCCCCAUAGCUGAGGACGCGACACUCGCCGACGUUGCCCCGACGGUGCUGCACUGGUUUGACCUUUCCUCCGCUAAUGACAUGACGCGUGUGCGCGGGAUGUGCUCCACAGGUGUUUUCGUCACGAGCUGCAAGACCACAACGAAUUGGCCAUGA